GGGCCCAUGGGCUGUCCAGGUGUGCCACAGGAGAGGCAUGCAAGGUGAAGGGCUUAGCCUCUGCCAAGGCCUGGGCCCAGGCUGGAGGGUCAACUGUGAGCCCAGGACUCUCCCUCUUAGCACAUUGUGAGGGAGACCCCCAGCAUCAUUGUGACCCGCUUACCCCCAGUAGCCUCUGGGACAGGCAGGCAGGCCGGUAGAUACUGUGGGCACAGAGGGCUGGGGGCCUAGGGGCCCCGGUGGCCCUAGGGACCCCCAUGGCUAUGGCUGAGUGGCCACAACCCGGGUGGGCUUCGUAUCACAGCCCCAACACCAACAACUGCCAGGACCUGGGCAACUCCUUCCUGUUGCUGCUGGGCCUCAUCAUCUGCAUUAACAUUGGCAUCAAUAUGGUGACACUGCUCUGGUGCAGACUCCGUGGCUUCUUACACCAAGUGUUCCAUAUUGUUUGUGAGAAAGAAGCUUCUAAGUCAUCCUCACCUGGGAAGCAGACCCAGCUCCCGAAGCAGAGCUUCCCUGCAGUCCACCUUCGAUGCACCAUGGACCCUGUGAAAAUGACCGUGACCCCCCCACCCACUCGCCGCUAUCGCCAUCGAGGCUCUUCAGCGUGCCGUGCCCACUGCCCGGUAGCCUGGGCCCCAGACACUGACAAUGACGAGAAGCCCCCACAUCAGCACCCAGCAAUCUGCUCCCACAACUGGGAUCACCCUAAGGACUGGAAAGGCUUCCAACCCACCUGGGGGUUCUGGGCUCCCUGGGCCCAGGACACCGUGGAACCACCUCCCCAGACCAUCCGCUUCCAGCAGACCAUAGAGGAAAGGCCCCUCAAAAGAGAGAUGCGGUCAGAGCUGGGCCUGGAGGCCUACGUGUAUCCUGUGAACCCCCCACCCCCCAGCCCUCAGGCCCCGAGCCACAAGAACAGUGGAGGCAGGGCGGGGGCGGGGGCUGAGGCAGAGCAGGAGCAGUGCUUGCCAGCCCCACCAGCCCCGCCACCCAUCCGAGGCCCAGCGAUCGUCCCAGACAUCCCCCAGCGCCACUCCUCAGGCCGCAUAGUGUAUGAUGCCCGCGAUGUGAGGCGGCGGCUUCGAGAGCUGACCCGAGAAGUGGAGGCCCUGUCCCACUGUUACCCCCUGGCCUCUGGAUCCAGCACUGCUGAGGGGAUGGACAAGGACUGGGUAUACCAUUCCCUGGCAGAGAGGUGACUGGGAAAAGAAUAAAAAGGAGAGAGAAGGU